AGAACAACGCGACCCGACAAAAACAAGAACUAAAAAAAUGGAGUUGGCUGUGUCAGAAUUCGGGAUUCAGGAUUAUCCAAUUGUCCUCUUUCGUGUUUAGUCAUCACCGUCCUCCGAAGAUAAAAGCCGCUGACUCUUUUCCUCGGGAAUUCUCUGCAACUUUCUAGAAUCUUCACUCUAUGCCGUCUUGACUUGUUGUUAAAGAAAUUCAAACUGGAAAGGGGAAGAGAAUUCGACGAUCUUUCUCUUUUUAUUCUAUGCAGCUCUUCGUGCUCGCCUAGGGUUUCCGAUUGUUCCUUGUGCUGUAGGCUUUGUUUAUAUUCGUUACUAAAAAGUCGGAGAAAAAGAAGAAGACGGUUUUAGGUCAUCAAUGAAAGGGGAAGUACAGCUUGAGCCAGCAGUUGCGGAGAGCCCUAGCGAUUCUGCUCCUCUGCUUGAGAACCAACCUGAUUCCUUGUCGUCGCCGUUGUCGGGGUCGCCGGAAAGUUCGAGUGAGAUUAGGGAUGAAGAUGUGGAGAACGGUUCUGCUCCAUGUUGCCGCAUUUGCCUCGAGAGCGACAGCGAAUUUGUAGGUGAUGAAUUAAUAUCUCCAUGUAUGUGCAAAGGGACCCAGCAGUUUGUUCAUCGUUCAUGUCUCGAUCAUUGGCGUUCGGUGAAGGAAGGAUUUGCAUUCUCACAUUGCACAACUUGUAAAGCCCAAUUUCACCUUCAAGUUGCAUUGUUUGAGGACAACUCAUGGCAGAAAGCAAAGUUCAGAAUUUUUGUGGCUAGGGAUGUCCUGCUUGUAUUCUUGGCUGUACAAACUGUCAUUGCUGCAAUGGGAGGAUUUGCAUACCUCAUGGACAAAGAUGGGGCCUUCCGCAAUUCUUUCAGUGAUGGAUGGGAUCGUAUAUUGUCAAAACAUCCAAUACCCUUCUAUUAUUGCAUAGGAGUUCUGGCCUUCUUUGUGCUGCUGGGAUUUUUUGGGCUCAUAUUACACUGUUCCUCCCUCAAUGGUAAUGACCCUCGGAUGGCUGGCUGUCAAAAUUGCUGUUAUGGGUGGGGUGUUUUGGAUUGCUUCCCUGCUUCCAUGGAGGCAUGCUUCGCACUGGUGAUAGUUUUCAUUGUGAUCUUUGCAAUUCUUGGCAUUGCUUAUGGUUUCCUUGCUGCCACUAUGGCUAUUCAGAGGAUCUGGCAGAGACACUAUCACAUUCUCACAAAGAGAGAGCUCACAAAGGAGUACGUAGUGGAGGAUCUCCAUGGCUGUUAUACCCCUCCAAAGCUGGAUCCAGAACAUGAAGGACGCUUGAAAAUGCUUAAGCUUUUGUAAUAAAGGAUACCGUGUUUUGAAAGUGAAUGUUGGAAUAUCUUACCUUAAAUAACGUAUCAAAAGAUACGCCGUGUAUUCUUUUGACAACUCUGUAACUGAUUAAAGAGAAACUAGAGACCGCAUAAUUUUCUCUUUAGAUUGCUCGAAUGAAGUGGGAAACCAAUUUUGCGGGACUAAAUCAAAGAAUGAACAGAAUUGGGUACAUAAUAA